AACAAGUCAAGGGCUUGUUAUCAACGAUUAGAUGGCGGAGUUGAAUUCGGAUUCGGAAAGCUCUCAUAGUUCGCAAUGUGAUUCGGAGUAUGAUUAUAUUCCCGGUUAUAUCAUCGAAGAUGAAACAAGGAACAUUAAUGACCAGGAAUAUAAUAUAAUAGAUGAAAAUCACGGCGAGUCCGAGUCCUAUCUAUACGCUGAUGAACCAAUGGCCGAACAAGCAUGGUAUGAAGACUACGUGGAAAAGUCAAAUGAACAUAAAAAGAAACUUGAAAUGCUACAAAAAAGACUUGAUCACACAGUUGAGUUGAGUUCUUGGUGCAAGUGUGGUUUUUGUCAAGUUACACUUCUUCAGAAUCCUCUAGAGGCCUGGUGCUGCCAAGAACUUAAGUUUGUCGCUGAAAGCUUAACACACCAGUCGGUUCUGGCAGAUCUGUCAACUAUUCCAUGUUGUGUCACUCUAUACCCAGGUUUCAGACCAGUUUGUUUGGAAAAGUGGUCGCUAAAAAUGGCUGCUAGGAAAUACAAAACCAGUGAACAAAGACGAUACAGAGAAACAGGAUCUGAAAACAUGAAUGAUAGCAUAUUAUGUUAUUUCCCAGUAUUUAAGUAUAUUUUAGUGUUAUGACACAUUAGUAACGAUUUGGCUUUAUAUUCAGGUUUUGCAUACCGAAUAUUGUAUAUAUUGUGUUGCAUACCGAGAAUUCACAUCUAUGAUUUAUGGAUGCUUAAGAGAAGAAAGAAGACCAUUACCAGCAUGUGCAUACUAUGCAAUAAGAUCAAAAUUUAAUGAUAAAAAGUUGGAAUUUAGAGGGUACGAAGAAAAUGAAAUAAACAAGUGAUGUGAAAAUUAAGUUUUCCUAUUUUUUGGGCAAUCUGCCACUUUUGACUGACAGCUGAAUGGCACACUGGU